AUGAUCUCGACAAGCAAAAUAUUGCUUAAAGGAGCUACGAUCUGUGCCCCCAACAUUCUCAAUUUUACGUUCAUUGCCUGUAUUCCUCAGGCGCUGCCCACAUUCUCUUUCACGACCACUACUUCCAAGGAGUGGGAUUCAAAUGUAUUCCUAUCUUCUUUGUGUGAGAAAGAUCCCGAUUUCGACGUCAAUUGGUGGUUCCUUGAGGUGAGACGAUUGCUCGAGGCACUAAGUGAGUCUCGGAUUUCUCUGUUUUUGUAUAUGGACGGAGGCCCUCAGGAUGUGCCGUGUAGUAGUGCUUUUCUAGAUCACGAGCCGCCUGUGGUGGUGCGGUACAUGAGUUUUACUACUUUUAAAUGCCGCACGGCAUCUUGGUACUUGGGGUUUACGAAUGGCUUACUUCGUGUUUGUCGACCAAGUCAUGUAUUGGGUUGUAGGCUCGUGAGCGGGUCUGCCAGGAAGUACAGGCUCUCAGAGUUUCAGUUAAACAUGUUGCUUGCAAAAAAGAACGUCAGGACCGAGCCCUACUUUUGGCAGCACGAUUUGGAGCAAGUUCACGUGGAUGGGCAGCUCGUGCAGUGGACAGACCAGUCGGAAUUGCGAAACAGGACGUAUGACGGGGUAAUAUGGCUUCGUUUGAAAUGGAGAGCUCAGACAACGGCAUAA